AUGUAUGAAUAUUCAUUCAAUUCACAGAGUGCAAAGAAGGAGGAAAUCAUAGAACUAUUCAAAGUAUUCUCAAAGAAAGAAAUAGAACAUGAAAGAAAGGACGAAUAUGAAGUAUUAUAUCCAUUGUGCGAGUCGUGGGAUGAUAAGGACGGAAUGUACAGUGGAUGCAUGGAUAAAGAUUUAUGUGAAGCUCUUGCAAGGAAUACAAUGAUUGCAACAUGGCGUAAUAUAGAUGCGGGCAGUUGGAAAAGAGAUUGGAGGGAAAUGAUGCCAGAUGCAAAAUGCGAUAUUCUGCACUUAUGGUUAUAUUAUUAUGAAAAAAGAGUAUGUUCAAUAGUUUUGGAGAAUUAUUAUAUAAGUACAGCAGUAGGAAGUUGGAUUAAUGAGUUUAAACAGGACGGAGAUAGAGAGUGUAAAUGGAGGAGUGCCAGGCAAGCAUUAAAUGCACAAAGUAUGGAAGAAAUUAAUGCAAUAUUCCAAUGGAUUGACGCACAAGGAAUUCUGGAAGACAUGAAAAAAAUAAGUGAAAGGAAUGAUUGUGGAACGAGCAGGGAAGAAUGCAAUAGAAAGAAUAAGGAAAAAAUUAAAGAACUCAUGGAGAGCCAAGGCGUACAAAAUAAUAAUGAAGUAGAAAUUGAAAAGAAAGCAGGAGAAAUACAGAAGGAUGUUAAGGAGUUUAAGGAAGAAAUAGAGCAGGUUGAACAAGAAUUAAAAGCAUCCAGUGCUGACACACUAGUACCACCGAAGCCUCCAUCCUCUACCUUCCAUACGGAAGAGUGCACGGUGAAAGAAAUUCUCGAAGAAGAAAAAGAGCAAUGGGAAGAAACCAUCACCCAAUUUAACAAUAUUGUAGUGAAUAAUGAUGCUCAGUAUAAUUUUCAUGAAAUGCAGAAUUCAUCCGCGUGGUGUGAGGAAGAGGAUAUUGGGGAUGGAAUAAAUAUGGGAGAAUAUAAGGAAUUCUGUCAGACACUCGUAAAGAACCUGUUGCUUAUAAGGAAAAAUAAGUACAAAUGUGAGAAUGAAGCUAAAGUUAAUGGAAAGAAGAAAGCAUGCGUAAGGAUGUGUGACCUCCUGAAUAUAUGGUUACUAGGAAUUGAUGAAGAUUGUGUGCCAGUGAAAGCUGUUAAACAUAUUUUUAAAACAGUGGAAGAAAUGGAAAAACAAUUUGGGCAAGAAGAAAAAGCGACCGAGUGCACGUAUAGGUCAAUUAAGGACAUGUAUAGAUGUGAGGUGGACAUGUUACCUAAAAUUCAAGAAUGGAUGAAAGAGGGUACACAGAAGGGGAAGUUUGGUCAUAUGGCUAAGACUGGUUGGUGUGGGAAUAAGGAAAAGAAGUAUAGUGUUCGUGUGGGUAAAAGCGGAAACAAUUAUAAGAGGAGCGAAAUUUUGAGCACAAAUGGAGAACAAUAUUUUGAGAAUGCGAAAGAAAUAAAAGAAAAGAAGAAAGAUGAAUUAGAGAAAAUACAAGAAAUAAUAGAAGAACAGAAUAAACCCCUUCCUCCUCCACCACCACCAAUUCAAUCAUCCUCAAGUAAUGACUGUAAGGAUAAGAAGGACCUAUGUACCCGCGUAAAAUGCGUAACAAAGAAAUGGUUCACAAACAGUAGGAAUGGAUUAGAUCCAACCUGGGAUUCACAUAAUUAUAGAUGGUGGACAUAUAAUAAUUAUGAGGGGGGAGAUGGACAUAAUUACAUAGCAUACAUUUGUUUCUUUUCCUUCUCUUUUUCCUCUUUCUAUGAACAGGAUAACAUGAAGAAUGACAUUAACAAUGAGGCCACAAACAUGUUUACUAAAAUAUCUCAGGUUAGUAAUAAUAUUCCAAGUUACUGUACUAAUUCAGACGAAAAUAGUAGAAGAGUCACUGCCUCAGAGAAAAAAACAUGUAAAUACAUUACUUCAGGAUUAGAGCACAUAUAUAAACUUCAAGAGGAUGAUGUAGGCGGAGCACAUAAGAAAGACAACAGGGAGUUGAAGCAAGCUAUGUUAUGCUUAGUUUUAAACGCUUAUGCAAAUAAAUUGAUACAGGAGGUUAAAUUACCCUGUAAGAUCGGGGAAGAUACAAUAAAACAAUCAUUUGAGAAAGGGAAUGAGCAACUUACGAAAUCGUGUAAGGGGGGGCAGGGUAAUUGUAUUAAGUGUGAGUGGAUUAAAGACCUUAUGAAUUGUACAGUGGGUGAAGCAGAAGUGAAGAAAGAGUUGAAUCAAAUGCUUCAAAAGAACGAUGCCCCAAUACAACAAACUCUAAAUACUCUAAAUAAUAUAAAUAAGAACUUAUGUGAUCGUGCCCAAUGUGUAACAACACAAAGGACCAGGGACAAAAGGAAAGAGCGCGAUGCGAAGAGAAAAGGGGGCACAGGCAAGAUUUGGGAGGAUAACAUUUGGAAUGAUGGGGACAUGGGGAAAGUAUUGACUGAACUGUCUAAUGCUAUAGCCAGUGGAAGCACAAAGAAUGAUGAUUCAUGCAAUAACAUUGCAGUGACUAAUGGAACAAAGAAGGAAGCGAACAAAGCAGCAUGUAAUUAUAUUGUUAAGGGUUUAAAGCAUAUAGACAGCCUGCAGGGGAAUAUUAUUAAUAAUAAUAAUCUUGAGCACAAGGAAAAUGACAAAAUAUUUGAACAAACUAUGUUCUGCAUGAUGUUAAAUGUAUAUGGAGAACUUCUCCAGGAAAAGUGCUUUACCGCAGGGGAUACCGUGAAGGAUGCCGUACAAAAGACCUUUACUGCCAAUGGAAAUCUCCAUGAGUCUGGUGCAUGCACGCAGGGUCCAUGUAAUCAAUGUCAUUGGGACACUUGUGCGGAUAUUAGAAUUGGUGGGAGAGAAAUACGGAAUGGGUUAAAGACAAUGCUCAAGCAGAAUGACCAAAUACAAACAACUCUGUCUACUAUAACUACUUUAUGUAAACAGAGUAAGGAGGACCCCGAAGUGAGUAAUACAGUAGCCGACACUUCUGAGGACAAUACUUCUGGGGACAGUACUACUGAAAGUACUGUUGGGACUCCUAGAAGUGAGUCUGGUACAGAGAUUACUAAACCAGUGCCAAAGAAGGAGAAUGUUAAGAAAGGUAAGGUGGCAGGGGAAGAUGAACUCCUUACACUCCUUGAUCAGGAUGAUAGUUAUGUACCUCCCCCACCUCCGGGGAGUAAACCUAGUAACGAAGUAGACCCCCUUGGACUUAUUACAGGGGGCAGUGGAAGAACAAACCUCGUGUCUACUGCAGUUACUCCUGAAUUCACUCCAAUAUACCAUGCAGAUACAGAUCACAAUUCCAAAUCUUCAGGUUCAGGUUCCGCAAGUCCAACUGUACCAGAAAGUACAACAGGUUCAGGAGCAGAUAUUGCCACACAAGAUGAUAAGGGCCAAGGUACUGCUAUGGUCCCCGGUAGUCAAGGUAGUAGUCACACCAGUGGUGGUGGUGUCCCAGGUCAAGGGGAUAGUCCCCCUGUUCAGGGUCCAGCUGCCCCUGCUGGUGAUCAGAAGGGUGUUACUCAAAUCGAUGGAAGUGAAAGUACGAAGCAAACUGAUAAAAGUAAGGAGACAGGUAAACCCAGUAAUGUGGAUACUGCUAAGGGUAUUGGUCCCCCUACAGCACCAGCUGGCCCUGAGGAUCCACCAUCACGAACAACAGCAAUAACUGCACAAGGAGAAGUUGGACAAAAGGGAGGUUCAAAAGUUCCAGAAUUAAAAACGAAUAAGGCUAAGAACACCCCUUCCACCCUUCCACUCAGUAAUAAGAUUGACAACCUUCCUGAUCUCCUUACCCCAUACCUUCCUACCAUUCCUGUGUUCCUUGGUAUGUCUGCUAUUACCUAUUUAUUCUGGAAGGAACAAAUUAUGGACCAUGGUAUGGACCAUCCUGGUCCACAUGAAUAUACCUUAGUAAAAAAACAAAGACACCCAAGAUCUGUUCCAACGGGAAGAACGAAGAGCCCAAAAAAACAGAGCGUUGGUCGUCGCACUAUUAUUGAUAUUCAUUUAGAAGUCUUAGACGAAUGUCGAAAGGGGGACACCAAACUGGUUCAGGAGGACUUCCUUGCCAUUCUUGUUCAAGAAUUUAUGGGAAGUGAAUUUAUAAAAGAAGACUUUGUUCCAAAGGAACAGGUUUCUAUGGUUGAUGUUCCUAAGGAACAGAUUCAAUGUUCGGGUUCAGGGUUUAGGUAG